AUGGAGGAAGAAAUUAUGACUCAAAAAAAUUUUAGUAAGGAAUUAUUGGAACCACUAAUUACUGUGAGUGUAAUAUUUAUUUGUUUUUAUAUGAUUACAAGUGUUGAAAGUCCUUUGUAUUUUUUUUUAAGAGGUUAUAUUUUUAAAGCAAAAAUAUUCUAUUAUGAAAUAAGAAAAAGUUUUACAAAUAUAAAUUAUUUUGCUUUAAUAUUUUCUUCUUUUUUUUUUCUUCCUUAUGUUUUAAAUAUUUUAAAUUAUAAAAAUGUAAAACCAAUUUUUUGUGUCAAUUACAAUUAUUAUGAAAAUAUUUUAAAUUACAAUUUAAAAGAUAUAAAUAUUAAAUCUAUAUUUCAAAAUGAUGUAAGUGAAAAUUACUUGGUUAAUUUUCUUUAUUCUUUUAAGUUCAUUUUUCACAUAUUUUUUUUAAACGAUUCAAAUCUUUUAAAAACAUUCUUCACCUUUUUUUUUGUUUAUAUUUUACUGUCUUUGUAUGCAAAACAUGUUAAUAGGGUUAUAUUUAUAAGUAGUAUAUUUAUGAAUAUUGUAUUAUCAGGAUUUAUUCUAGUUUUCUUUUUAAAGAAAUUUUUAAAUAUUAAAUAUAACCAUUGUGGUGAUGAAGCAUUUUCUUUCCUAUUUUUACUUUUUUUUUUUGUAAGUAACCCAUACUUAAGCUCUCUACAAUACAAUGAUAGAAGUUUACACCCUUAUCAUGGAACUGAAAUAAGAUUUUUUAUUCAUUUGUUAUUCUUUAUAAAAUAUGUAACAUAUUAUGAAAACUUUUAUGAGCAAAAAGCAUUGACUGCAAGACAUACAUUUAUAAAAAUCAUUUGGUUAGUAGCCUAUUAUUUUAUUAAUAAUUACUUACCUUUUACGUUUUCAACUAACUUUACAAUUUCAAAGAUUUUUCAUUCAAAUAUUAUGGAUUUACUAAGUAAAGAAAUUAAAAGUAAUAUUUCUUUGUUUCACUUUAAUGUUACUUCAGGUUUACCAUUUAAUUACUUAAUAUGCAAAAUAUCAUUUUUUUGGAUACCAUAUAUCUUGUUAACCUCAAAUAACGACAAUUUUAAAUAUUUAAUAAUACUUUUGAUAACUACUAAUUUAAUUGUUACUUGCACUUAUUUGGCUUAUACUUUUUUACCUGGGAUUAUUUUGAACAUAUUACUUUUAUAUUACUUACGUAAAAUUUAA